CAUGUUUUUCCUACACCUCUGCUCAUUCUCACUGCUCUCCCCUGGAAUCCCUCCAGCUCCUCCCACAACUGGACAGUAUUCUAGCUGCAGCCUUACCAAUAUCUAGGAGAAUUAUUUCCCAAGUCUGGCAAAGAGCACUCCUGUUUAUGCAUUCCAUGGGGGUGGCUACUUUUUUUUCCUUUUGUUGCAACAACAUGACUUUUUUGACUCAUGUUACACUUCAGCACAACCCCUAGAUUUCCUUCUGAAAGCCCUUAGGAAUUGCACCAGAAUAAGGACGGAGCUGCUUCCCCUGCUAGGACUCAAGCCCUGAACUCUGGCUCCAAGUCCUGCUUCCAGACUAAGCUUCAGGCUUUUCUCCGGAGCAUCCAGUAGCUGAUAUCCUUAGACCCGGGAGGAUGAGUGACAAGAAAACGAGCGCUCCACACACCUGCAAGCCUCUUUUCUGGUAACAAAAACCUCUCCACAUACAAACCCCCUGACUGACACCUGGGUGGCAGAGGUAGGCGAGCAUCUCUUCAGCUCACCUAGCAGCCCUGCCUCGCCGGAGCUGCCUGCAACACUGAGCAACAGCCGCUUGCGCAGCUGAGAGGUUUGGAAGUUACAGCGAGUGUCCCAGGAGCUGCAGAGUCAAGCGUUCGCUUUGUGUCCUAGCCCUGGGCAGGAACAGGGGAGAGAGCCAGCUUCUGAAACAAGCCAGGCCCAGCACUUCACAGGGGAACUCAGAACAGCUGGCAGCGACACACAGAGCGUAAUGUUGGAUCUGGCUCAGGCUCGCCUCCUGAGACUGAAGACUGAGAGCUAGAGAGAACAGCAACGCCGUCCUCCAGCUGUGGGAACCCAAGCAGCAAAAACACAAGGCUAGACAUCAGGAAACAGCUCGCCCCUUGGGGUCCUCUAUACAAGGAGGGACGGACUGUAUCAUCUAAUGAAACUACCUUUCUAUGGGACACAGACAAAGAUGGCUUUACACAAGAACAUCCCUGAUCUCGGUGUAAAGAUAUUCAACUUUCAGUGGUUCUCAUUUGUGCUGUUUCCUGUAAUCCCUGGGGACAGGUAAACCAGAGCCCUCGUCGUCCCAGAAAGCCUUAAAGCUGACCAACACCUGCUGCCGCUAUUGGUGCGGCAGUCCGCAAAGCCACUCCGAUACCUGCGCUGUCUGUAGGGCACCACUCCAAAGACUUGCUCUGAGAAGGUGACACCAUCUCGCUUUCUCACCCUCCUGGUACUUUAGAAAAACAUAUCUCUUCCUCCUACAUGGCAGCUGUUCCUUCCAGUUUCAGGGGUGCCCAUUUGACGCAAGAGCCACCAUGAACGUGGGAACAGCACACAGCGAGGUGAAUCCCAACACCCGCGUCAUGAACAGCCGGGGCAUCUGGUUGUCCUACGUCCUUGGAAUCGGCCUGCUGCACGUCGUACUCCUGAGCAUCCCCUUCUUCAGCGUCCCUGUUGUUUGGACUCUUACCAACAUCAUUCACAACAUGAGCAUGUACAUCUUCCUACAUACCGUGAAAGGAACUCCUUUCGAGACUCCGGACCAGGGGAAGGCUCGGCUGCUCACGCACUGGGAGCAGAUGGACUAUGGCGUGCAGUUCACGGCAUCGCGCAAGUUCCUGACCAUCAUGCCCAUCGUCCUGUAUUUUCUAACCAGCUUUUACACAAAGUAUGACCGGAUACACUUCAUAAUCAACACCAUCUCCCUUAUGAGCGUCCUGAUCCCCAAACUGCCUCAGUUUCACGGAGUCCGGAUCUUUGGGAUCAACAAGUAUUGAACUGCGUGGCUGGAGCAAAUUGAAGAGGAGCAGGGGAGAGGGGGAAGUUCCUUCUCUCUAGUCCUGUUUCUUCACCCCCCACGCACACUGGGAUGUAAUUUCACAGCGGCUGUUUAAACGCAGUAUCCAAUAGACAUAUACCGCAUGCUGGAUCCUCAUGCCCAAUAAAUCUAAACAAGCUCCAGAGUAGCGUUUAGUGCGGAGCAGGAUGCAUGACGCUGGAUUUCUUUUAUUCCAGUGUCAUAAAUAGAUGCAGAUACACUGAGACUUCAAGGUACAAAGAGGAUGAAUUCUGGGGAGAUUUUAAUCUAUCCCAGACAUUGAAUGAUGAGAAUAGGGAUGAGGGGAAAAGCUUUUAGUGCUGGUACUAUUGCUGUGGUAAAUGCACUUUAAAAUACAUUUCCCCUUCUGAAGCUAGGUGCUUUAAGCGAUACGUGGGGAAAAUUCAAAGGGAUACAGCCAGAUUUUCCCAAUACUUGAUUGUUUCAGGGUUUGAGUUCCCUUUUCGGGUGGAGGAGGGGGAGGAGAGUGACAGAUGUUUAUUUUGCAAUCUUUUACACCACCAAGGAAGGAAGCUCUUUUACUAAAAACAGUAUAGGAAGGAAUGACCUGCAAUUUGACAAAGCUUUCAGUUUUCUACGGUACCAUUCAUGUGGUUCAGGGAAAAGGUAUAGAUCCUAAAUCAGACUAGUUGUUUUCAGCUUAUACCAGAACCUGCCUGGGUAACUCUGCUCCCCACCCCAAACGGCUAGUUUUUAAGCACCCUCUGAGCGUUCAGGCAGUACAGCAUUUGGAUUAAGGGCUUGGGUGCAGGUCAUGUUAAUGAUUGACGAAAAACACCACUGAGCUACUCGGUACACGGAGACCACACAAGCAUGGGAGAAGCUGAAGACGGACUGGUGUAGGCCAAAUGAGAGACGGAUGGCUGCUUGCUAUAAUCUGUUAGUGACUAUAAUUGGAAUUUUUUCCCCUCAGUCCUUGGUCUCUUAAGUCUGUGUACGUGCUACUGGGAUUUGCCAGUGGAUUUAACUCAGUAACUGAGUCAAGGCAACCGAGUAUUUGAUUCCCAGCUUACCUGGAGGUCUGUCACUCAGCCCCACAGGCAAGCGGUGCAGCAGCAUGCCCCGAGCCCUCGGGUGAUCACUGCCGAGGGUGCAGGAGCUGCGGGAGAGCAAUACUAACAAACAGCACCAGCAGCAGACUGAACUAACCAACAGAAGGAUGCAAUGGGGUGCUGAAGGUAAUAGAUCAUUUAGUGUAGGAACAAAAUGGAGCCUUUUUCCCAUAAAGUUACCACCUAAAUAAAGUAGGUUUGCAGGUUUAGAUUUCCUGGCUGAGGCAGCUUUCUCCUGUUCAAAGCAACUGGUUUUUCUUCUGGGUUGUGUGCCAGAUGAAAUGUGUGUUUCCUCGUGCUUCCCCUGUAAACUCAUGAAAGCCUGUAUUUUUGUUGUCUUAGUGCUUAUAUUGUCUCACACUUUUGACAAUGGUAUAAACAUUUUAAAUACGC